UUCAAACUCAUUUCUAAAGAACCCAUCACAGCGAAUCGACUCUCACCCUAUUAUGAGUCUUCUCUCUCCCUCUCUCUGUGAAAUGUCCAGUAAACCCUCCAUACCUCUCCUACCUAACCUCUAAUCCGAAACUAUAGUCUAUGUCCAUGCACUGAAGUCUCCCAUCUUCCAAUUAGUGUGUGAAUGACCACCACCAACAAACGCCCAAAAUUUUGAUCAAGCACCAAAAACAAACAUAAAUAUACAGAAACCCUAGAAUGAACUCUACAUAGAUAAUUAAGAGAGAGAACCGAUUCAACAACUCUCCCUUUCUCGGCAUGCGAUGAUUCAACGGUAUCAACCUAUCUAUGCAGUUUGAUCGAGACUGAGACGAUGGCUCUUGGAUUUCCCCCAUCAUACACCAGGGCGUUUGUUGCUGGUACAUUCACACACACACGUGUAUGGGAGAUUCAGAUGGAAAUGGAAAUGGGUCACAUGUGUGGGGCACAUCCCCUAUGACAAUGAAAUUGGUCCUCACAGAGCAGACCCACAGUAUUGUCCUCUCUUUUGUUUUUUUCUUUUCUAACAAUUUGCAAGGCAACACAUUGUUCCCUUUAUUACAAAUUUACAUCUAUUUAAGAUGCAACGAACAUCCAUCAUAUAUAUAUAUAUAUAACUCUGCUUUCUAUCAAUAUUGUGCUACACAUUGCUCCCUUUAUUAUAACUAUUUAAGAUGAGAUGCAAUGAAAAUCUAUAAUAUAUAGGGCAAAAAAAAAAAAAAAAAAAAAAAAAAAAAACCAUCAUAUAUGUAACCCUGCUUUCUACCAAUAUUGUGCAACACAUUGCUCCCGUAAACACAAUGAUCAACGUGAUCCAGCAUAGCCGGGUUUCGCCGCCUCCAGGUGCGGUGGCCAAUCAGUUUCUCCCCCUCACUUUUUUCGACCUUAUGUGGAUACCAAUCCCUCCUGUCCAAAAGCUUCUCUUCUAUGAUUUCCAUCACUCCAAGUCCCAUUUCACAGACUCCCUUAUUCCUCUUCUCAAACACACACUCUCUCUCACUCUCAAACACUUUUUCCCUCUUGCUUCUAAUCUCAUACUUCCCUCAUCAUCAUCAUCAAAUCCUAGCAAGCCCGAAAUUCGUUACGUUGAUGGUGACUCUGUUUCACUAACCUUUGCCGAGUCUAGUAACGAUUACAAUUACCUUACCGGAAAUCAACCCCGAAAUGCUGAUCAAUUUUCUCCACUUGUCCCUAAGCUUAUGCAAGAGGUGUAUACCAACAAAGUAGUAGUUCCACUUGCAGCUCUUCAGGUCACGCUUUUUCCAGAGUCUGCAGGCAUUUGUUUCGGCUUCAACUACCACCAUGUUCUUGCCGAUGGUAAGGCCUUUCAAGGUUUCAUGAAGGCAUGGGCUUCCAUUACUAAAUUUGGCAGUGAUGCGGAAUUGUUGGCUGGUGGAUAUCUCCCAUUUUGUGACAGGACUAUGAUAAGGGAUCGAAUUGGGGUAGAAAAGACUUUUUUGAGCCAAGUUUGUGGGCAUGAGAUUAAACAUGAAGACCUGCGUCAUCAAACUAGCAACAACAAUGUUCGAGCCAUGUUUGUCAUAGCUCGAACUGAUGUUCAACGACUCAAAGAAUUGGUUAUGGCCCGUCCCACGAUACCAUUACAUGUAUCAACAUUCACAGUGACAUGUGCCUACAUGUGGGUUUGCAGUCUGAAGUCCCGAGCAAGCACUAAAUUGAACGACAAAGAUGUUGAUGAUGAUGAAUUAGAGCAUUUUGUUUUCCCAAUGGAUUGUCGAGAACGUUUGGAUCCACCCAUACUGGCAACUUACUUUGGUAAUUGCAUCACAUUUUGUUUUGCAACCGCAAGACAUAGCCAACUAAUGGAAGAAGAAGAAGGCUUUUUUGUGGCAGCAAAGUCGAUUGGAGAGGCCAUUGCCACAAAGGUUCAUAAUGGUGAGCCAGAUGGAGUGUUGAAAGGUUUAGAGACUUGGCUUUCCCAAAUUGGAAGUUUGAAAAUGGAUCGAGUGAGGUCCAUAGCAGGGUCGCCCAAGCUGAGACAUUACGAACCAGAUUUUGGGUGGGGAAGGCCCCAGAAGAACGAAAUUGUUUCCAUAGACCGUACAGGGUUUUUCUCGAUGAGUGAGUGCAGGGAUUCUCAGGGAGAUGUGGAGUUCGGUGUGUGCUACCCAAAGAUCACAAUGGAUGCUUUUGCUUCAAUUUUUGUCCAUGGCCUAAAGCUUCUGUAAGCAUUUAUUUAAUCUGUUCCAGUGAGGUGAUUAAAGAGGAAUGGAAAGUACUUGAUUCACGACGCUUCCAACGUGCUUACUUGAUCUACCUGAGUAGAGAUUGCAAAAAUGCUAUGAUCUACGUAAAAUUUAUUUUGGCUUAUAAUAAUUUUGAAAAUGUAAAUUAUACAGUUUGGUUAAUAGUGCAAUAUUUGUAAGUUCAUUGUACUUCAUAAAUUGAAACUCCAUAAAUUAGCAUAUAUUUGAUGGAUAUCAGUCAUGAAUGGGAACUCUUUUUAAUUCUAGAA